AGCCACCCUCAAAUAACGCCUACAUCUCCCCAAGCAGGAUGAACAACAACAACAACAACAACAUGUCCUCGCCAUCAUCAUCGUCUUCCUCCUCCUCGACGCCCUUGUUCGUCAUCAACCACAACAACUAUAGUGUCACCCUUCUGCCGCCGCCACUGGAGCAGCCGUGGACCUCCACCGCCCGCAUCGCCCUCUACAAAUACUCCCCGCCCCCUUACCUCACCGCCACGCCUCCGGUCAUGGAUAACGCCCUCAUCCGGAAGCGCCCCGGCCGCCCCACCGGCCCUUCCAACAAGAAGCGGGCACUAAUGAUGAGCGGUGCAUCAGAUGUCAUGUCCGAAUCGGGGGACUCCUCCGACCAGGAUCCGGCCAAGUUGAAAAGAAUGGUGUCCAACAGGAUAUCUGCUCGGAAUUCUCGGAUCCGGAAGCAGGAGUAUGUGGAGUCGCUCAAGAAAGCGGUCACCAUUGAAGAGGACAAGAUCGCAGAGCUGGCUCCAAAAGUGAAGGACUACCAGUGUCUCAACAUAUUCCUAAGGAAUGAGAAUAUAAUGCUGAGGCAAAGAGUGGAGAGCAUCGAGAGGCUUCAAGCUGCCAAAGAAGCUGAGUCUAUGGCAAUGCAGAAGCAAAUAGAUGAUUUGGUUUGCUACCUCGACAUCGCGGCCAGAAUCCAUGCAGAGCCAUGACUAAAGGGGAGGGGACGACCUUAUCUAAUCUGUGUUGCCUUUUUAAUUACAUUGUCAUCCGUUUCAAUAAAAUGUAUCUCAAGACAUAUAUAGUUGGGAUGCGUUCGGUGCAAGUAAUAAAACUGUUUGUUUUAG